UGCUUACACGUCAAAUAUCAGAUUGUAAUUUCCAAUUUUAUGUUUUUAAUUUUUAUUACAUGAAUUACGUUAUUUAAAGCUGUAAAUACAAGAAAAAGUACACACUGAAUAUAUUGAAUGUACAUAGAUAGUUAAAAAAUCAUUCCAUUGUUAGGACAACUAAUGUUUUGGUAGGCUAAGCUAAUCUUACAAAAUGGGCGGUAUAUUCAGUUACUUCAGAGGCUUACUAGGAGCCCGAGAAAUGAGGAUAUUGAUCCUCGGUCUGGACGGCGCCGGGAAAACGACAAUAUUGUACAAAUUACAAGUCGGCGAGGUAGUGACGACUAUACCUACGAUUGGCUUUAAUGUAGAACAAGUUACGUAUAAAAAUUUAAAGUUUCAAGUGUGGGAUCUUGGAGGACAGACCAGUAUAAGGCCAUACUGGCGAUGUUACUAUGGCAACACGGAUGCAAUUAUAUAUGUUGUUGACUCGGCAGAUAGAGAUAGAAUAGGAAUAUCUAAAGAUGAAUUAGUUCACAUGUUAAGGGAAGAAGAAUUGUCAAACGCAAUCCUAGUAGUGCUAGCGAACAAACAAGACAUGGCGGGCUGUCUCACAGUGGCCGAGGUGCACCAGGCCCUCGGUCUAGACGCUCUGCGCGAUAGAACCUUCCAAAUAUUCAAGACUUCUGCGGUGAAGGGCGAAGGCCUGGACCAGGCGAUGGACUGGCUGUCGAAUGCACUGCAAGCGAGAAAAUAACACCAAGAGCAUUUAAUACGGAAAGACGCAAAAAAUGUUUCGAGCGCAGCGUGCAGUGAUGUAGUCAUAUUAACCGCCAGUAGAAUAAGUACUUAGCAUCGCCGUUCCCUCGCUUCACAGAUAAAUAAUAAAUACAGAUAACGUAAAAAUACAGAUACAUAAUAAUUACAGAUACAUAAUAACUACAGAUUAAAUAAGGUUUUUGUCACUGGUAACACUGUUAUUCACUGGUUAUAAUUUUAGAAUAGAGCUGUGUUUUUUAUACUUUCCAAUUUUAGUUGUGGUUUUGUUUUUUUUAAUUUGUUUAAUAAUUCAAAACACAAUUAAAAUUGCUAGAGCCGUUCUCAGCUGACAAGGUAAAAACAAGAAUGAUGGUGUUAUAUUAUAUAUUUUGUUUGUGUAUUAUUGUGAUUUAAUUUUGUAUAAUUUAUUACAAAAAUUUUAUUACACAUAAAACAAUGGUUGGCAACAUUUUUAGUAUUUGAAUAUAAAAUUUGAAUCAUUAAAAAAAUGUUCUGUACGAAAAUGAUAUUUAAGAUAAAAAUUAAGCACAAUAUAAAUAAUAAGUUUUAUAUUGGACAAAAAUUAUGACUUACAUAAUUUGUAAUUUGUAAUAUUAAGGAUUUUUUCAGGAUAAUUUUUAUUAAAACUAAGCAGUUUUUGGCGUCAUAAAUUUAUUAUACUUUUCUGUGAUUUUGUCAAAAUGUAUUUAACAAAAUUAAUCUAUAGAUAUGUUUGUAUUUCACAAAUUCGCUUUGUUUUUAAUAUUAUUCUAGAUAUAUUGAAGUUUUUUGGGUUUAUUGCAAAUAAUUUAUAUUUUAAUUAUGAAUAUAAUUAGAACGGCGAUGCAUUACUAGGUAAUUUUAAAAGUGUGAGAGAAUAUUAUAGGGACUGUUAAACUAUC